CCCUCCCUGAAUAAUUUAUAAAAAUUAGGCCUCUAUUUUUGUAUUGGAUUAUAACUGAGGAGAUAUUUUGAAAGAUCAUGGUUGAGGAUGACGUUAUAUGGAAGCCGGUUUCACUCACAUUCGUUGAAUACCCACAAGGGGACCUUCUUGGAAAAUUGUUGGCUUACUUAAGCCUUACACCGAUAUUCAUUUUGGUUGGUUUUUGUGCAAUUCUAUUGUUUAGAAGAGAACUUCAUACAAUUACGUUUCUUGCUGGUUUGGUGCUUAAUGAGGCUGUAAACUGGACUGCAAAGCAUCUCAUUAAGGAACCGAGACCUGUACGAGGUCAUGAAGGGUUUGGAGAAUAUGGAAUGCCUUCCAGUCACUCACAGUUUAUGUUCUUCUUUGCCGUUUAUAUAAUUCUCUUCAUAUGUAUCAGGCUUCACCAGCCAACAUCUUCCUGUUUUAUUGAUAAUAUAUGGAGAAUUUUAAUUGGAUUUGGAGUAGUCAUUCUAGCUAUUAUUGUGUCGUAUAGUCGGAUUUACCUUCUGUAUCACACUACAUCUCAGGUUUUGUGUGGAGCUUUACUUGGUAUCAUCCUUGCAAUUCCAUGGUUUUUUCUCACGCAUGUGGUAUUCACUCCUUUCUUCCCCUGGGUUGUGUCGUGGGGUGUGUCAGAAUACUUUAUGAUUCGUGAUUCAACAUUAAUUCCAAAUAUUUUAUGGUUUGAAUACACCACAGCAAGAACUGAAGCCAGGCAAAGGAACAGAAAGUUGAGUAGCAAGUCCCAGUAACUUUUUGUUUUUCCUGUGUCAAAUCAAAUCGAGUCUGCUUUUAACUACUACUGCUGCUGGUUCAAGGACAGAUUGAGGCUACCUAGACUACUAUACUACUGACAGUUGGGUGAUCAAACAAGUCUGCCUAGGCUACUAGAUUUGGUUGACCAAUCAAGACUGCCAGGCUACUACUACGUUGUCCACUGACAGACUGAGGCUGUACACCAAGCCUGUAGAAUUCAGGUUGAUUGCGAAAAGAAGAUUUUAACAAAAUCAAGAUGAGUUUUUUAAUUGUAAAGAUUGAAAAUGUAUCUGGUUACAUAUUUUGAAAGAUUGUAAUUUAAUGGUUGUAUAACAACUGACUUGGUAUUGUUAUGUAGAAUGAUGAUGUCAGAAAUAAACAUUAUUUUAAAAUGUUAAACAAAUCUGAAAGAGGUAGGAUCGUUUUAUACAGGUUUCAGAAGAGUUGGUAAGGUUUUUCUCAUUGGUAGAAUGAUAUUGGUCGAGAUUGUUUAAUUGUUUACUCCAAUGUAAUAUUGAGGCUGCAGAUUUUAACUCCAAUAGGGGAGCUUUUCUAUCUCAUUUGUUGUAAGAGUAACUAUAGUUACACAAGUGUAUUUUACAUAUAUUAAAUUAUAAUGGAAUAUUAUGUGUAUGCCAUAAAUGAGCUAUGUUUAAUUUAUUCAUUACAAGUAUUAAAACUAUAAUCAAAACAGCUAAAGCAAUAAUGAUUAAACUAAAAUGAACUUUCGGUUUCUAACCACAUUCAGUGAACCAAAUCAGUCAAUCAUCAGUUUUAAUAAUCCUUAUUUUUUGUAUUCAAGUAAUGAAGUAAUAGUAAACCCAGACCAGUUUAUCAGAAAUAUUUUUAUCAGAUUAUCAGAUCAGACAAAAAGUUCUUUUAACAUAUAAUAUACUAUGAUCAAACAAACUGUGUUUGUGCUGGUUGGUAGGUAAAGCAUGCAUCAAAAUCUGAUCAAACACUUACAGUUGACAUCUCACCGAUUUUUAGUCAUUUAAUUCUGAGCCCACAUUCAUUUUAAAAUUCUUGCUAAAAUUGAGUGUCCAGAGCUUUCUGUCCUGUGAACAACAAUAGGCUAAUUUGCAUUGGACUUCCUGUCUUACAGUUUAUUCAGACACUAUUACUUUAUUUUAUUAGAUAUUUUUUAUAAUGCUACUAAAAUAUUUUGUUCAAUUUAUUUGAACAACAUUAAUGAAAAUUAGCCAUCUUGAUUACCAUGUUUACUAUAAUCAGCAUCCCACUCUCAGAUAAGCUUUUUCAAUUAGUACCUACCCAAGUACUGUAAUUUUUAAUUGGUAUUCUUUGAAACCAUUUAAUCCUUUGUAAUCUAAGAAAUCGGAGGAUGUAAAACUAUAAAGAAAUAACAUAUAAUUAAUUCAGCUUAAAUUACUUCAAAAGAAUUAGGUUAUAUUUAGUUGUUCCAUGCAUUAAUAACAAAUUCAAACAUUGUUUUAUUUAGGAGACCUAAGUCUACUAAUUAGCAUUGACCACGAAAUAGACUGAUGUGUUUUUAAAAAAAGUCAUUAUUACUCAAAAAAAAAAAAUUUGCUAGGAUAAUUUGCUUUUUUUUUUCUUUUUUUUUAAUCACACCAAAUUUAAUAAAGCGAUCAUCCCAAAUGCAUUCUGGUUGCUUAUUGCCGAUGUGGUAUACUAAUUACAAAAUCUCAAAAACAUUCAUCUGGUAUGAGUUUGUUAUUGUGGAUAAACUACUUUUUUAAUAGUUUGUUAACAUGUACAUUUACCAACUUAUUAAUCAUGGAUUGUGUUUGUUAGAAAAUUUGCUUAAUGUCUUCCAAUUUGAUAUUGGUAACCUGUUUAUACUUAUUCAUUCCUAAAUACAUUUAGAUUAAAACAAAGAUACAGUUAACAGUGCUUUAACAAGAUACUUCCACUUGUUUGUCAUUAAACAAACCAACAAUUUUACAAUCAACAUUUCUAAAUUUUCACUUUCUAAAACAUUAAGUAGCCAUUUUGUUUAUAAAUAGUACUAAGAUUAGAAUCUUAAGCCGGACAGUCACUGUGUAAGACCGUUAGGCGACGAAUCCAACUGCGCACCCUCUGAUCUCUAGAUAACAUGACGCCAUCUGCUGAUUGUCUGUGGCUGUCUGAAGGGAUCAUCAUUUAAAAUGCUUUGUUCCGCAUGUGUCGUGGUGUUGUGCUCUGCAUAGAAUCGCAUCGGUCGAUGAUCGUCGGACGUAGUGAUUGCCUCGGCUUUAUAGAGUAUACUAUAAAAGUGUAAACUUUUGAUAUUCAUGAUAGUUAUUACUUAACCAGCUGUUCAUGUAAUAAUUUAGGGGAGUUCGCAUUCAUUCACUUAUGUCUUUUCAAUUAGAAACACCCAGCGCUAUCCAUCAGUUUAUUGGCUCUGAUUAAUAGGGUUGUAAAAGACCUAGGAUGUGGUACUGUAUGUAAUGUUACAUAUGGAUUAGGUAGAAAAAAUAAAGUGGGUAUAUUAUGCCUAAAGUGAUAAAACAAUAAAAAAAACUUUAAAAAUUUUAUCUUCAGUUAAGAAAGUAUAAUUCCUGAUGAUGACAUAAUUAAUGUCGAAAUAUUAAAUCCCAACACGAUGGUGUGUAUUUCAAUACUUGGAGUAUGUAUUAUACUUUCUUAUCUGAGAUUAAUCAGUGGACCUUUCAGUUUUUAUCUUCAGUAUUAUUAGAAUUUUUAUGGUCACAAAUUUGCCUAGUAUGCUAAUGGCGAGCCACUUACAGUGGUAGAGUAAUUUGGUUGGACAUGGAGGCUAAUUUUUUUUACCAUACUACAACCCUUUGACUCGAAUUCAAGAGGUAACACAAAUAUGUGAGGUCUCACCACGAAAUGAGAUGCAUCGUUGGUGAAAUCCUAUUGAGAUAUUCACCAAAAUAG